AAGCUUCCUGUUUUGAACGAGUACAACUGGCGUUAAUUAUCUGAGUGAGUUUAUAACAACAUGCCUUCUUAAAAUAAUUUAUCUUCAAACUGUUAACGUUAAUCCAUAAUUUAGGAAUCAAGUAUUGGCUUACAAGAGUUGUUAAGAGUGGAAGAGCCAUGCCUUUCCUCCAUGGGUUUCGUAGGAUCAUAUACGAGUAUCAGCCGCUGGUAGACGCUGUGAUGUGUGUUGUUGGACUGGAGGAAGGAGACGACAGUCUCCCCCUCAAGGACCGAGUCCUCAGCCCUGAGGAGGUUUGUGGUUCUCUAGCGGAGCUCCUGGAGCGGGAGUCCCAGUCAGACAUGUUUGUGGAAGGCAUUAGCUAUGCUCUGUUUAAGGUGGCAGAGCGAGGACUGGUAACUGCAGCGGAAAUCCUUCUACGCUAUGGAGCUGAUCUGAAUUUUGAGGACCCAGUCUCCUACUACAAUCCUCUACAUGUGGCAGUUUUGAGGAACAGGCCAAGCAUAGUGAGGCUGCUGGUCGAGCACGGAGCAAGUGUGGAAAAGAGAGACCGGAUCCAUGAGAGCAGUCCAUUGGAUCUUGCCAGUGAGGAGUCGGAGAGGCUCACCUGCCUGCUCACCCUGCUGGACUUGGGCGCUGAUGUGAAUGCGAUGGAUAAACAUGGAAAAACUCCUUUGCUCCAUGCGUUCGCGAGCAGCGACGGACUCACUGUGCAUAACACAGAGAACAUCCGGCUUCUACUUCAGCGAGGUGCCGAUGUUAAUGCCUCUACUGUGGAAGGGGAAACAGUUGAGUCCGCCUUGGUGUUUCUGAUUAAGGAGGCCCUGGAAGCCAACACGGAGGAUGCUGCUGAGAUCGGUAACUUCUGCUUGAAAACCACCGAGCUGCUGCUGGCUCACGGCGUGGACCCCAGCUGCUGUCUGAAUGCGGAUGGCGAGCCCUCCCUGACACAGACGAGCCUGGAGCACUUCGACCUGCUCUUCCCUCUGGCCGUGCUGUUGAUUCAAAGCGGAGCGUCUUUGGUUUGUUCCCAUCACGGCGAGUCCUGUUGGUCCGGUUACAGCCUCCUUUUGCGGCGGCUGCAAACAGCGCUGCGGCACUGCUCUGAUGGAAGUCGCAGUUCUGAGCUUCUGGAGCAAGCUGAGGCGCUGCUCGACUUGGCGAGGGUAGACGCCCCCAUGCUGCACCUGCCUCUCAGGCUGGAGCUCCCUGUGCCCGGCCGGGACCCUCACCCUCAUGCCCAGGCGCUGGCAGACCUGCACGACCGCGUAGUGCAGUAUGAAGCCAGCCCUCCGUCCCUGCGAUGCCUUUGCAGGUCAUUCAUACGGAGCCGCCUACAGCCUUGGCCCCUGGUGGACAGAUUCAAAGCCUUGCCCUUACCCGACAGACUGAAAGACUUUAUUCUUCCUGAACGCACGUAUACCCCGAAAUCUGGCUGGGACCGCUUCAAGCCCCAACAUAGCCAGCGCUGACAAUAUAAGCUACUGACUACUAAAAUCCAAAUGUAAAGACAGAACAGGCUUGUAGUCAUCUGUGUGCCAUAAAUGAACCACGACAAACCAUCAAGGCUAUUGUUUGUUUCUCACUGUUUUCUGUGCCAAAAUCACCAGACACAUGUGGGAAUGUUUACUUGUUUAGUAAACAUUUACCUACAGAUCGAGGCCACCAGAUGGCAGUGUUGCUCUUGCGUCUCAACAGCGCCUCAGAUGUCAGGGUCAAAGAUUUAGUUAUUCACAGCGCAGCCUACUUAAGUGUUUCCGGUGCAGUGGGCUCCAUCUAUAUUUCAUCUCCUCGACGUGAUGAUGGUGGUGUGUUUUGAAAUUUGUGUGUUUCCCGUGCCCAAUAUGAAGGUGGACCAAUAAAACGCGCGUCCGUCUCACCGAUAA